CCAAUCAGAUUCGUCUCACUGUCGUGGCCAAGCUUGCUGCCAUAGCUCCAUGUCAGCUACUGAGUCCCAGCUGUGUGGACAGCUAUCACCACACCAUGUCGACUCGUGCUUUGCGGAGACUCAAAGGCAAACAGAGGGGACAGGAGGAACUGAGCAUCGAAGAUCUUAAAUUGAACGAAGCACAAACAGCGGAUUUGCCAAAGGAGGAGGAGGAGGAGGAGGAUGAGCAAUGUGAAGCUGUCUUGCAGCCUGCUAAGAAGAACAACCGGAAAGCUAAGAAAAACAAAGCUCAGAAAAACAUCAGUAAUAUUUAUGAGCUGAUUGGAGAUGCUGACAACGAGGUGGAAAAAGGUCUGACCGAUGAGGACAGUGGGGUCAAACAACAAGUAGACCCAGAAGUGUCUAGAGAUGAAAUGGAUGUGGAUGACAGAGAUAAACAACUCACAGAAAACAACAAUGGUGAGGUGACCAAAAAGAAAAAGAAGAAGAAAAAGAAGAAGAAGGGCCCGACUGCAGAGCCUCAGGAGGUUGGAGCCGGAGAUGAUAUCGAUGCAAUCCUGGAAACCAUUGAGAAGACGAAUGGGCUCUCCCAUCAGAAUGAUGACGGGCUCACGUUCGACAGUAGGCCCGUGCUGUAUGUGGAGCACAGAAAUCUGAAUCCUGAAACAGAGCUGAAAAGGUAUUUUGGAGCCAGAGCUGUUCUCGGAGACCAAAGGCCCAGGCAAAGGCAGAGGCAGUUUCACAGGAGCACCUGGAUGACGUUCCCCAAAGACACCUGGCCCCGCUUCAGCAAACCAGGAAUUUGUAUGUCUCUUCUAGAGAGCAGAAAUGGCCUACAGUACUUCACAUUUGAGCACAAUCGAGACUAUCAGCAGGUUCAGUUCAAAUUCCUGGAUGCUGUUGAGUCCAUGGAUCCUAACAACAUAGUGGUCCUGCUGCAGCUCAACCCUUACCACAUCGACUCCCUGCUGCAGCUGUCUGAUGUCUGCCGCAUCCAGGAGGACCAGGAGAUGGCCAGGGAUCUGAUUGAACGGGCCCUCUACAGCUUUGAGUGUGCUUUCCAUCCUGUCUUCAGUCUUACAUCAGGAACCAGUCGCCUUGACUACCUGAGACCAGAGAAUAGGGCGUUCUACUUGGCUGUGUAUAAGCACAUGAUGUUCUUGGAGAAGAGAGGCUGCCCCAGAACCGCUCUGGAGUACUGCAAACUCAUCCUGAGUCUGGAUCCUGAUAACGACCCUCUCUGCAUGCUGCUGCUGGUGGACUUCCUUUGCCUGCGCUGCCGAGAGUACAGCCCCCUCAUCCGGCUCUACGAAGAGUGGGAGGUCCACAGGAACCUGUCCCAGCUGCCCAACUUUGCCUUCUCAGUGGCACUCAGCUACUUCCAGCUCAGCCUGCAGGAGGACUGCCCCACAGACGAGAGCCUGAAACUCAGGCAGAAGAGUGACAAGCUACUGCAGGGCGCUCUUAUUAUGUUCCCAGGAGCACUGAUGCCUCUUCUGGACUUGCUGUCAGUACAGCCAGACUCUGCAGUCUCGUCACAUGCAUUCUUUGGCCCUCAGAGUCAGAUGGGUCAGUCCCCGGCGCUGGCUCAGCUCGUGGCCCUGUAUGUUGGCCGUAAUCACACGCUGUGGAAGGAGGCAGCUGUGCUGCUCUGGCUGGAGGGCAACGUGGGGGAAGUACUCCGCAGGGUGGACACCCAGGACCCCCAGGUGGAGGACUGCCUCAACAAGAGAAAGUCAAGGUACCAAAGUGCCCCGAGAAACAUUCAUCGGCACGUUAUAUUGUCUGAGAUCAAGGAGGCUACAUCCACUCUGCCUCUGGAAGUGACCACACAACCGGUGAUGGGCUUUGACCCUCUGCCUCCUCUGGAUUCGGUGGCGUCGUACAAUCGACCUGAGAGACAAAAUGGUGGAGCUGCAAAUGAAAGCACCCUGUCUCUCUUCUUUCGUUCUCUACUGCCAAACUUCAACCUACAGGGUGGGAUAAGACCUGAAGACAACCAGGAAGUGGCGCGUGCAGGUAGAGAGCUAAACCAGGAAGUGAACCGUCUAAUGGUGGCAAUGAGGGACAUGCUGGCCAACAUUCAGUUUCAGGAGCCACCCAGAGAAGACAACCCAGACCGAGACGAGGAGGAGUGGGACUAAACCAUUGAAGGGCUGGGGAGACGGGACCUGACAGGAGAGAAGGAGACUGCUGAGCAAAGACCCUUACAGAGCCGUGGGAGUUGGGUCUGGUCCUUAGAUGGAGUUGGUAGAAGGGAUUGAUGGACAUGAACAUGAACACAGCAGGUCAAUGUUGGAGGAACUCUGAAACCCAAAGUACAGUGCACAAUGAAUGAGUUCCUUGUAGUAGCAGCCAUGGUCCAGCGGCCAUUUUGACAAGCCCCCCAAAACACCACCUGUUUUCUUCCCCCCACAACGUAUGCAAGACUGAAAACAUGCUUUGCCCCUUCGUACCGUCACAGUAUGGACUUUCAGUGCUCUAUCUGCCCAUGUGCUGAUUGCGAUCUGAGGGAAAUUAAUCAGGUAUUUCAAUCAAGUUAUAAUCAAGCUCCUCCUCCAUCUCAAGACUCCUGUGUGGAGUCAUUAUUGUUCACCAAGUAGGCUAAAAGGGAAAUGCGGUUCAGUGCGGUCAUCCGCUGCUACAAAUUAUGUUUUCCGAUCAAAGCAAAGCCUCAGUUUGAAUUGACACUAUAAUCUCAAUCUGAAAAAAAUGAGCUUCUUAAUGCUAUCAGCAUUAGUGCUUAUCCUCUGUGCCAGAUCCACCUGCAUUACACACCACUGUGAUCACUAAAUGUCUCUAAACCCAUUCAUCCGAUUAGCAACAUGAAUAUUAAAGGAAACAUGUAUACUU